UUUAGUCAUCGGUUCCUCAAUGUAGGUGAAUAAGUCUCUAGUAUUAAAUUAACCUCGGAACUGAAAUCGAAAAUUCUUUCAACGAAAAAAAAAAUGAAUCAAUUUCCUAUGUCGACCCGGUGAAUUUUUCUUUCUACAACACUCACUAAACAAACAAAAAUGGACGCCCGUGACGGCAGCCCAUCACAUAUUCUCGGUCUUCCUAUUCGAAGUCAUACGCGUAUUUAUGUUUCCUAUCUCAUUCCAUCGUGUGCUGAGUUAUUUGUUUACAUUGUGCAAUUUUGUGCCGAUUGUGCUGUGUCCUUUCAACAUUUUCGCUAUGGUCAAGCAUUUUAUGGAUGGAUUACAUUGAUGUUGAUUUUAGCGCCACCUGUAUUGUGUUUUAUAUUUGUCAUGACAUCAGCUGAGCAAUGGUCUAAUCCAAGACAUAAAAAUAAAAUAAAAUUUAUCGGAUUCCAAAUUUUGAGUUUGUUGUUAUUUCCGAUUGCUGCAGCUUACAGAUUUUCCCGUCGUAUAUUUUGGUCAAUUGAAGCACUCUUCCAUGACAACGAUGACAUCGAACGCAUGCAUUGCCUCACCAAAGCCGGGGAAUGUUCAACAUGUGAAUUAUAUCAUCUCAUACAAGCCUACGCCCAAUCAGCUCCACAAAUCAUCCUCCAAUUAUACCACAUGUUAUCUCAGGAUCUCUUUCGGAAUUACAAUACAACAACAGUCCAAGCCAUCAGUUUAAUAUUUGCUGCAAUCGAUUUGGCAGCCAUCACCGUCACCUAUCAACGUUUCGAGAGCCAAAAACUUGCCGGUCGUCCCUAUCCGUGGGCAGUUCCCAAACAAAUUGAAAUACAGAAGCAGCGCCUCCUAGCUGCUGAGCUACUUAAAAAAGAACAAGAACGUCAACGACGUGAAUCGGAACGGAAAAUAUCCGAUUUUCCAGAAAGUGCUAAAAUAAUGGAGAAUUUUAAAUUGCGUCAUAGUGGCGAAGAAAAUUCUUCCAACACCACCACUUACAAGACUUUCAACAAAGAAAAACAAAAUGAUUCACCACUUGAUAUCCAUGUCAUCGGUCACGACGAAGUAGACAAUAAUGGCGUGAAUACCGAACUUUUUGAUGCUCGUUCACUCGGUACACCGACGAAUUCCACAGACGACGAAAAAAUCCAAUCGAAUAGCCCAAAGCUCCUUAAGUAUUUCCCAAGCCAGGCAACCGUGGUGAAUGUGAAUGCAAUUGAAGUCAUCAAUGAUAUUGUACCGGAGACUCCACCACCUUCCUUGCCGCCGCCGGAACUUCGUACUCAGACUUCAACGACAUCAGACUCUGCAGCAAGAAAUCGAUUAUCCGCUAUGGCAAAUAGGAUUUCUACUUUCAGGGACAUGCUGUGGCUUAAUGCUCAGCUAUACAUAACGGAAAACGUGCCACGACCUCCAAAAAUGCUAACCACACGUUUAUUGGAAGACAAACCUCCCGAGGAUGGCAGGGAUGUGCCACCCAGCUUUCAACCACCAUCACCACCACCACCACCAUCGUCGUCGUCGUUGUCUAACACUCAGCCUCACGAUGAAACUGACUUCUUCAUCCCUCGACAAUAUAAAAUCAUCAAAGGUAUCGAGCAGGACGACUUUGCUGCCAAAUCGGUCGCCUUUCUCGGGUGGUUGGCCUUCAUUUGCAUGCGAAUGUUAGCCCUAUCAACCUUCUGUGUCUUCUUUACACGGGCCUUCCUCAUUCUAAUUGGGGCUCAUUACGUGCUCAUGCUGUUUUGGUUGUCGCUCGAAUCCAAAUUCCAGGACAAACUUAACAGGACACUUUUCUAUCUGCUCCUGGCGUAUGUUUAUGUAUUUGUAAUUCUUGAGUUCCGGAUAAAAUUCCGAAACAUUCGGGUGUGGUAUGUGGGCUUCUUUGUUGUCACAAUGGCUGAAAAUUUGGUGAUGACAUUAAGCUGGUGGUUGUUUGGGGAAUUCGAGUCGUGGUGGUUUGGAUUCAUGUACGAUGGGAUUAUUUAUAGUGGAAUUAUAUUCUCCGUCACGUUAAUUGUUUAUUAUUGUAUCCUAAGGCCCAGAGAGGUUAUCUAUCUUUUACCGGAAGAUCUAAAAGUAGAAGAAGGUUGUAGAGAAGGACCUAGAGAAAACAUAUAAAAUUGAUUUCUUUUCUAAAGCUGUUCGUUCGUUUCCAUAUGGAAUUUCUGAGAAAAAGCUAUCUUCCUUCAACAAUAAGGUUCACCUUCGAUGGCAUUUGAAUAGAAGCUGCUCCGGGAAAAAAUUAAAUAUAUUCUGGGAAAGUUGCAAACAAUCUUAUCUUUCAUUCUAAAGGUUAGCAUAACGAAAGGAAGAUGCAAAUAUUAAUUCUGAGUGCAUUUCAUCCAUGUAUCUAUUUAUAUAGUUCGUAAGGAUUAAAUUGAAUAAAAGUUGUUGCACAGGAACAUCUUAAUGUUUUGUAUGAACUUA